AUGACAGCGGGAACUGUUGUUAUCACCGGGGGAAUCCUAGCGACAGUGAUCCUACUGUGCAUCAUCGCCGUCCUCUGCUACUGUAGGCUACAGUACUACUGCUGCAAGAAAGAUGACUCCAAUGAGGAGGAGGAGGAGGAGGAGGAGGAAGAGGAAGAGCCCAACCUUCCCACCCACUCCCACCUGGGCACCUGCAACGCCUGCAGCAGCUCACGCAUGGUGGACGGGCAGGGCAGCCCCGGGUCCCCCCGCAGCGAGCUCAACCAG